AUGAGGAGCUCGGAGAGGAGGGUCCUGAAACUUCCAAUCCUUCCUGGUAAUAACAGGAAAGACAUCGAGAGGCUGAUUCUACCAAGUGGACAAAAGCAAGAGUUCACCUCUCAAGAAAUGGAGGAUUUUCUGGGUCAAAAUUCACCACCAGUAGACGCUGAGGUCGGUAAAGAACCACUGAGAAAACGCCGCCGGUCAGACCGAGAGCAGCGGUUCCGGGCCUUUCCCUCCAUGGAGCAAAGUGCUCUUCGGGAAUAUGAACGAUUGGAGUCACGCAGCAGAAGGGUUCUGAGCAACACUUAUCAGAAACUUAUUCAGUCUGUCUUCCUGGAUGAGAGCAUUCCCAGUGGAGUCAAAUACCUCAUAAACAGACUUCUUGCCUUGAUUGAAAAGCCAUCAUUGGAUCCAAUCUACAUUGGGUUAUUUGGAAGCACUGGGGCUGGAAAGAGUUCCCUAAUCAAUGCCGUCAUCCAGCAAGCCAUGUUUCUACCAGUGUCAGGAGACAGGAUAUGCACCUCUUGUAUCGUGCAAGUGAGCUCAGGCUGCUGUGACCAGUAUGAGGCCAAAGUGCACCUUCUCUCUGAUCAGGAGUGGAAGGAGGAACUGAAGAACUUGACUAAACUCCUGCAUGGGACGGAGGAGUUGGGCAGAGAAGCGGAGGAAUGGCUUAGGGAUGAUGCCGUAGACGAAGCCAUCUGGAAGCUGCAGAUGCUCUACGGCCGGGGAGCCGAGAACAAGACCUAUGAGGAAUUACUCAAGGCCAAACUCAAAGCAAAGAUCCCCACCUCCAGAAUCAUCACCCUCAAGGCAGAGGAGGCGGAAGAGCUGUCUAUCAAGCUGGACCCCUACAUCCGAGCUCAGAGGAGAGAUUGCCAUGCCGAUUCAGCAGGGACACCCAUUUGGCCCUUGAUCAAGCUUGUGGAAGUGACUCUUCCCAAAUCCGAGCUGAUUCCAGCAGGGGUCGUGCUGGUGGACAUUCCAGGCACUGGUGACUUCAACAGCAAGAGGGAUGAGAUGUGGAAAAAGACCAUUGACAAGUGCUCCGUGAUCUGGGUGAUCAGCGACAUAGAGAGAGUUUCCGGAGGGGGAGCCCAUGAAGACCUUCUGAAGGAGAGCAUCAAGGCCGGCCAACGGGGAUUCUGCAAGGACCUGGCCCUGGUGGUCACCAAGACUGACAAACUCCACUUGUCAGAAUACCUAAGGGAAAGAAGAGUGGGAAAUCCAGUGGUCCAAAGUCAACGUGAGGCCAUUCUGGAAAGAAAUGAAACAGUGAAGCGACAGUGGAGUCUACUUCUCAAGGAAAGACUGAAGAGAAAGCUGCCGGCGGACCCCAAGGCUCUGGAAGCCUCGGAUCUGGUGUACACAGUCAGCGCCCAGGAGUACUGGCAGCAGGCGCUCCUCACUGAGGAGGAAACUGAAAUCCCCAAGUUAAGAGAAUAUAUCAGGAAACAGCUCUUAGACAAGAAGAGGAGGAUGGUGACCAGGUAUGUGACUGAAGCCUUCGGCCUGCUGGUCCUCACAGACAGUUUCAACUCCACGGACAAACCGCCGAAUGAAUAUUUGCACAUGAGUGGCCUCCGGGGAUUUGUGGAAGAGAAGAUACAGCUGCUGGAGAAGAGCAUCAGCCAAUGCUUUGCCCACAUAGAGCGGCCUCUGUGGGAAGGGGUCAGAAAUGCCAGGACUUCCUAUCGACAGACCCUCAGCAGAUGUCUGGUGAGGAGUAGAGGAAACCAAGGGUUCCACCAGACUCUGAAAGCUGUUUGCCUGAAGAACGGCAUCUAUGCCUCCAGGACGCUCGGCAGAAUAGAUCUCAAUGAAGCCAUCACUCAGCCAAUGUAUGACCAGAUUGACCCCGUGUUUGGAAGCAUCUUUAGGGCUGGGAAGGCCCAUGAUUCAGCUCUGAUGCCUCUCAUAGAUGCCUUCAAGCACUCUCUGCAAGAGAGAAUGACAGAAAUUGGGGUGAGAAAUGGCUGGAAAUAUGAUAGCUGCAAAAAGAGUUUCCUGAUCCAGGAGAUCAGCGCCAUCCUGGGAGGCCUGGAGGGGCACGUCCUGCGGAAGAAGAGGAGGAUCUAUGAGUCUCUCAGCACCUCUGUCCAGAACGACCUGAAGGCCUGUUAUGAAGAAGCAGCUCAGAUCACCGGCAAAAAAGCCUGCGAGAGAAUGAAAGAUGUUCUCCGAAGGGGCGUGGACCGGCAGGUGGCCGAGGGCAUGUUUGAAAGGGCUCAAGAAAGGAUGCAGCACCAAUUUCAGCAAUUGAAGAAUGGGAUCACAGAGAAGGUGAAGGGGAGCGUGUCCACCAUGCUGACCCUGGCUUCAUCCCAGGGGAGUGGCCUCUACAAGGAGCUGGCAGACGUCAAGAACGAGUACAAGGAGAUGGAGAAGCUGCACCGAAGCCUGAGGGAGGUUGCCGAGAACGCAGUGCUGAGGAGGGGCAUGCAGGCCUUCCUCCUGAAAAUGUCACCCAGCAAGGGCAGCCCCGCCAAACGCCACUUUAAUCCACGGGGCUCAACCCCAUGA